GAGAGAACAAUCAAUGAAAAAUAUAAUUCAGCCCAUCUAUCUAUCUAUCUAGCUAGCUAGCUUUUCUUUUUUUUAUUUUCUCUAUCUUUAACUUUCAUUCAAAUGUGGGUCCUUACUGUCAUGUGAUCUUGUUCAAUUUAGCCAAACUGUCAUAAGCUCCCAUUAUAGUAUAUAUACAACGUAGUAGUAACUGGUUCAAGUACCAAGUGUAUAUCAAGUGUGUGUCUUGUGUUUUUCACAAUUCUUAAUGCGGGUUUAUUCGGUCUGUCGGCAUGAAACCCUUUUGGGGUUCUUGCUGAUUUUGUUAUUUUCAGGCAGUUUGUGUUUUGGUGAUGACAAAGUUGUUGAGGUUGUAGGGAUUGGAGAAUGUGGUGAUUGUAAGGAGAGUAAUAUUAAGAGCAGCCAUGCUUUAUCAGGGCUUAAAGUAACCAUCGACUGCAAGCUUGCAAACGGGAAGUUGAAAACAAGAGGUGUUGGGGAACUUAAUGGUGAAGGAAAUUUCAACAUUCCUUUACCACAAGAGCUCAUAAAAGAUGGAAAACUGUCAGAAGAAUGUUACGUACAACUUCACAAUGCAGCCAAUAAACCAUGUGCACUUCAUGAUGCUACUUUAGAUGCCAUCAAAAUUGUCUCUCUGUCAAAAUCAGAUCAAAAGCACACAUUUGGACCAACAGGAAAACUUAAGUUUUCAUCUGCUGUUUGUACUUCUGCAUUUUUGUGGCCUUUUUUUAAGUACCCUCCCUUGCCGAAACUGCCGCAUUGGCCGAAAAAACACCCGUUUUUCGGCCACCAUUUUCCGCUACCACCACUUCCACCAAAAGUUUAUCCUUCAUUUCCUUUUCCACCGAAAAUACCAUUUAAGAAAUCGUUUCCACCUCCCGUUUAUGAUCCACCAGUUGUCCAACCUCCUCCGGUUCCGGUGUAUAAACCGACACCUAAACCUCCUGUUGUCGAGCCUCCUCCAACCCCGGUCUAUAAGCCAGAACCAAAGCCACCGGUUCCUGUUUACAAGCCAAAACCUGAGCCACCAGUCGUCAAGCCAGAGCCACCUGUUUACAAGCCAGAGCCAAAGCCAUGUCCACCUGUUUACAAGCCAAAACCCGAGCCACCAGUCGUCAAGCCAGAGCCACCUGUUCACAAGCCAAAACCUGAGCCACCAGUCGUCAAGCCAGAGCCACCUGUUUACAAGCCAAAACCUGAGCCACCAGUUGUCAAGCCAGAGCCAAAGCCAAAGCCAUGUCCACCUGUUUACAAGCCAAAACCCGAGCCACCUGUUUACAAGCCACACCCAAAGCCACCAGUUGUCAAACCAGAGCCACCUGUUUACAAGCCACACCCAAAGCCACCAGUUGUCAAACCCGAGCCACCUGUUUACAAGCCACACCCAAAGCCACCAGUUGUCAAACCAGAGCCACCUGUUUACAAGCCACACCCAAAGCCACCAGUUGUCAAGCCAGAUCCAAAGCCGCCAGUCGUUAAGCCACCAAAAUGUGACCCCAAGAAAAAACCACCAGUUUUUAAACCGGCCCCAGUCCCAGAUUACAAGCCAAAACCAAAGCCGCCUGUUUUCAAGCCGGCUCCUGUCCCAACUUACAAACCACCUCCAGUUCCAGUUUACAAGCCAGAGCCACCGGUUUACAAACCACCUCCGGUUCCAACAUACAAGCCAACACCAAAGCCGCCAUUGCCACCGCUAGUACCUGUUCCACCAUUUUAUAAAAAACCAUGCCCACCUCUUCCAAAGCUUCCUCCUUUCCCCACCCUUCCUCCAAAACAGUUACCUCCAUUCCCCACCAUUCCUCCUAAGCAUUUCCAUCAUCACAAGGAUCUACCUCCACUGCCUCCUAAGUUCUCUCACCCUUAAGUUUUAUAUAUUUUAUACGUAUUGCAUGCUAUAUCAAGAAACUGAUUGCAUGACUGAAGAGAACAUGCAUGCAUGCAUGCUAAGAGAUUAGGGAUUUAAUUGUUCUAUGAAUGUUUAUCAUGGUGGAUGUAGUGAAAGGAGUUUGUGUGUUUCUAAGUUUGAUUUCUAUAUUAUAUUUGUAUCCGUUAAGUUUGAUUUCUAUAUUUUAUUUGUAUCGAUUGAUUUGUUUCAGCAAUGGCGUUUUUAGUUGAAA